AAACUCCGCCCCCUCCCGGUUCCCUGCGCCCCGGCCCGCAUGGCUGGCGGAACGCGUCCGGCGGCCGCACCGCGGUCCCGAGCUGCCAUGGCCCAGUGGAGGAAGAAGAAGGGGCUCCGGAAGCGCCGGGGCGCGGCCUCUCAGUCCCGCAGCAGCGACUCGGAGGACGGCGAGUUUGAGAUUCAGGCAGAAGAUGACGCCCGGGCCCAGAAGCUGGGACCCGGCAGACCCCUACCCACCUUCCCCACCUCGGAAUGCACCUCGGACGUGGAGCCGGACACACGGGAGAUGGUACGAGCCCAGAACAAGAAGAAGAAGAAGUCGGGAGGCUUCCAGUCCAUGGGCUUGAGCUACCCAGUGUUCAAAGGCAUCAUGAAGAAGGGCUACAAGGUGCCAACACCCAUCCAGAGGAAGACCAUCCCAGUGAUCCUGGAUGGCAAGGAUGUGGUAGCCAUGGCCCGGACAGGCAGUGGUAAGACGGCCUGCUUCCUCAUCCCCAUGUUCGAGAGGCUCAAGACCCGCAGCGCCCAGACCGGGGCCCGCGCCCUCAUCCUCUCACCCACCCGAGAGCUGGCCCUGCAGACCAUGAAGUUCACCAAGGAGCUGGGCAAGUUCACUGGCCUCAAGACUGCCCUGAUACUGGGCGGGGACAAGAUGGAAGACCAAUUUGCAGCCCUGCACGAAAAUCCCGACAUAAUCAUUGCUACCCCUGGGCGCUUGGUGCAUGUGGCUGUGGAGAUGAACCUAAAGCUGCAGAGCGUGGAAUAUGUGGUAUUUGAUGAGGCUGACAGGCUCUUUGAAAUGGGGUUCGCAGAGCAGCUGCAGGAAAUCAUUGCCCGCCUCCCUGGGGGCCACCAGACUGUCCUGUUCUCUGCCACACUGCCCAAGCUGCUGGUGGAGUUCGCCCGGGCUGGCCUCAUGGAGCCCGUGCUCAUCCGGCUAGACGUGGACUCCAAACUCAACGAGCAGCUUAAGACCUCCUUCUUCCUCGUGCGGGAGGAUGCCAAGGCUGCUGUGCUGCUCCACCUGCUGCGCAGCCUGGUGCGGCCCCAGGACCAGACAGUGGUAUUUGUGGCCACCAAGCACCAUGCGGAGUAUCUCAGUGAGCUGCUGACGGCCCAGCGGGUGAGCUGCGCCCACAUCUACAGUGCCCUGGACCAGACGGCCCGCAAGAUCAACCUGGCCAAGUUCAUGCACGGCAAGUGCUCGGCCCUCAUCGUGACUGACCUGGCAGCCCGGGGCCUGGACAUCCCACUGCUGGACAACGUCAUCAACUACAGCUUCCCCGCCAAGGGCAAGCUCUUCUUGCACCGCGUGGGCCGUGUGGCCCGGGCUGGCCGAAGCGGCACGGCCUACUCCUUGGUGGCCCCAGAUGAGGUCCCCUACCUACUGGACCUGCACCUGUUCCUGGGCCGUGCCCUGACCCUCGCCCGUCCCCACGAGGAGCUCUCCGGCGCGGGCGGCGGGGACGGCGUGCUGGGCCGGGUGCCGCAGAGCGUGGUGGACGAUGAAGACUGCGGUCUGCGGACCAGCCUGGAGACGUCGCUGGAGCUUCGGGGCCUGGGCCGCGUGGCCGACAACGCCCAGCAGCAGUAUGUGCGCUCACGGUCGGCGCCCUCACCCGAGUCCAUCAAGAGGGCCAAGGAGCUGGACCUCUCGGGCCUGGGCCUGCACCCCCUCUUCAGCUCGUGCUUCCAGGAGGAGGAGCUGCAGCAGCUGCGGCUGGUGGACAGCAUCAGGAACUACCGCUCCCGGGCGACCAUCUUUGAGAUCAACGCUUCCAGCCGGGACCUGAGCAGCCAGGUGAUGCGUGCCAAGCGGCAGAAGGAUCGUAAAUGCAUCGCCAGCUUCCAGCAGAAGCGGCAGAAGCGGCAGGAGCAGCAGGAGGGCCCGGCCAUCCCAGCCCCGAGCCUCCCAGCACCGCAGGAGGAGCAGCCUGAGAAGGAGGAGGCGGCAGGAGACAGUGUGGAGGACCUCUUCACAGAAGUUGUGGGCCGGAAGCGGCAGCAGCCAGGACCCAACCGAGGAGCCAAGAGGCGGAGGGAGGAGGCCCGGCAGCGGGACCAGGUGUUCUACAUCCCCUACCGGCCCAAGGACUUCGACAGCGAGCGGGGCCUGAGCAUCGGUGGGGACGGGGGUGCCUUCGAGCAGCAGGUGGCUGGCGCUAUCUUGGACCUGAUGGGGGACGAAGGCCAGAGCCUGACCAAGGGCCAGCAGCAGCUCAAGUGGGACCGGAAGAAGAAGCGGUUUGUGGGACAGUCGGGACAGGAGGACAAGAAAAAGAUCAAGACGGAGAGUGGCCGCUAUAUCAGCAGCUCCUACAAGAGGGACCUCUACCAAAAGUGGAAACAGAAGCAGAAAAUUGAUGAUCGUGACUCAGAAGAAGAAGGGACAUUUGAACGGCGUGGCCCAGAGCGAAGAGGUGGUAAGCGCGGCCGAGGGCAAGGUGCAUCCCAGCCCCGCACCCCUGGUGCCCCCACAGGCCGCGUGCGCUCAGAGCUCAAGACCAAGCAGCAGAUCCUGAAGCAGCGGUGCCGAGCCCAGAAGCUGCGCUUCCUGCAGCGUGGAGGCCUCAAGCAGCUCUCUGCCCGCAACCGGCGCCGUGCCCGGGAGCUGCAGCAGGGCGCCUUCGGCCGGGGCGCCCACUCCAAGAAGGGCAAGAUGAGGAAGAGCCUGUAAGGAAGGUGAUACAGCCCCGUGGUUCCUCACCUGGUCCAAGCGUGGACAUGAGCAAUGUUCCCCGUGUACCACUGUGUGCCUGGCCCUGAGCUGGAUGCUGGGGGGCUCCCUGCAGAAGCCGUGGUCCAUGCAAAGGAGUGCUUGCUAUACGGCCGCAAAGGGGCAGCAGCUGCCUCUGCCUAAGACAGGGCACGUUUGAGCAGGGUGUUGAAGGGUUCAUAGGAGUUUGCCAGCAAGGCCAGGCAGGCCACGAUCUGAGUUGGCAACUCGGCUGCUGCUGCUGUGUUCUGGAUUCAGAGGUGGUGGCCACAUGGGUGUGAGCCCUGAGUGCCUGAGGCCUAGUGAUGUAUUUUUAAUGUAAUAAACCUUUAUUGAGCGCC